AUGGAACGGCCGCACGGCUUCUUCGCCGCGCUCAAGCACGAGGUGGCGCGCGGCCUCUCGCCGGCCAGGCCGCGCCGGAGGCCCGAGUCUCCCGACCUCGACGCCGCGCUCAGGUUCUCCGGGGGACCGGGCGGCGAGAUGCUGGCGCCGCUCAUGGAGGGGCCCGAUCCGGAGUCCGGCGACGGCGCCGGCGCCGGCGCCGGGGCGGCGGCCGCGGGCGGGAGGAGGGAGGGCUGGGGCCGCUGGGUCCGCGGCCAGCUCACGCGCGCGCCCUCCUCCUCCGUCGCCGCCGCGGCCGCCGGCGCCGGCGCCGCCCGCAACGACCUCCGCCUCCUCCUCGGCGUCAUGGGCGCGCCGCUCGCGCCAGUGCAUGUCUGCGCCGCCGAGCCGCUGCCGCACCUCAGCAUUAAGGACACGCCCAUCGAGACCUCGUCGGCGCAGUACAUCCUGCAGCAGUACCUGGCGGCCUCCGGCGGGCACAAGCUCCUCUCCUCCGUGCGCAACACCUACGUCAUGGGCAAGGUGCGCAUGGUGGCCACCGAGUUCGAGAACGCCGGCAGACUCGUCAAGAACCGCAAUGCCGCACGGUGCGCCGAGCCGGGCCGCUUCGUGCUCUGGCAGAUGGCUCCCGAGAUGUGGUACAUCGAGCUCGCCGUCGGCGGGAGCAAGGUGCAUGCCGGCUGCAAUGGCAAGCUUGUGUGGCGCCAUACCCCGUGGCUCGGCUCCCAUGCCGCCAAGGGCCCUGUUCGCCCCCUCCGACGUGCUCUUCAGGGCUUGGAUCCACUAACUGCAGCGAGCAUGUUUGCCGGCGCACGGUGCAUCGGGGAGAGGAAGGUGAACGGGGAGGACUGCUUCAUCCUCAAGCUGUGCACUGACCCUGAGACCCUCAAGGCGCGGACCGAGGGCCUCGCGGAGAUCAUCAGGCACGUCAUGUUCGGGUACUUCAGCCAGAGGACUGGCCUUCUCGUCCACAUUGAGGACUCGCACCUGACGCGGAUUCAGUCAACAACCGGCGGGGAUGCGGUCUACUGGGAGACUACCAUCAACUCGUUCAUCGAGGACUACCGGCCGGUGGAUGGUAUCAUGAUUGCGCACUCUGGGCGCUCGGCUGUGACCCUCUUCCGUUUCGGCGAGGUGGCCAUGAGCCACACCAAGACUCGGAUGGAGGAGGCAUGGAGCAUUGAGGAGGUUGCGUUCAAUGUCCCUGGGCUGUCCAUGGAUUGCUUCAUCCCACCCACCGAUAUCAAGUCUGGAUCUGUUUGUGAAGCUGUCGAGCUUCCUCAUGGUGAGAAGAGCAAGUUUGGUCCUCCCCCUGGUCACCGUGCCAAAGUUGCUGCGCUGGAGAAGGCAGAUGAUGACAACAAACUAGCAUGGAGAGGAACCAUAGCUGAAGAUCACAACUGAUAUUUAGCCUGUUCAGUUCAUACUUGCUUCUUUCAUUGCAGUUGACUGAUGAAUGUAGUGUAGGAGAGAAACAGGUCAAGGGAGGAUUUCGAUUUUGGGAUUUCCAGAUGACCUCAGUGUAUAGGAAGC